UUCCAUCGUUAAUAAUAAAGUAGGUCCCCGACGUUCCGUAGCGUCAUGAUGUCUAUAAAGUAAGUAGUAUUAGAUUCUCAAUUGGUUUGCUGAUUCUACGCUAUCUGACAUCCGUCUCUCGCCUCCUCCUCCUCCUCCUCCUUCUCGGGCUGCCGAUCGAUCGAUCGAUCAAUCCAGUCGAUCUCUAAAUUCAUCAGACUCCAAAACCCUCAUAAUCUUCUUCCACUCAUGACGCUUGGCUCGGGAGGAUCCAGUGUCGUCGGUGAGCUGUUCCUUUUCCCGUUUCGAACUGAUUCUUGCUUUAUCUUGAAUGUUUGUGCUUUUCAAAUUAUUUUUUUCAAAUCUGAUUACUGGUCGUUCGUUUUAGAUGUGGGUUUGAUGUUUAUACGUUAUUAGCUGGGUUUUCUUCUUUUUCUUUCUUUUUUUUUUUUGUAAAUAUAAUUGAUGCAAAUGAAAAGUGGAAUUGUGAUUAUUUUUGGCGGAGAUCUUACCUGGAUGUGUUUGUAUUUUCUUGGCUAUUUUUCUUUAGGAGUCAUUGUUAUGCCUGUGGGCUGUCCCUUUUUUUUUUCCUCCUGUUAUUGCAGUUUUAGCUUAUGAAUUAGUUACUUAACUGCCUUAUGAGAUGGGUCAGGUUUUUGGCAUAUGCUUUUAUGUAUUUUCAGAAGUAUGAUUUGUAUGUCUUAAUUCUGCCAUUUAUUAUACUAUCUGUUACAUUUUGCUGGUGUAAUAUGCUAUAUAUCCAACUGAUGAUGAUUGUACUUCUCUUGCUAAUUAGAUGUUGAACGAGUUAAGAUGUUAUGUAAUUGAAGCACUCUGCUCUUGUCAACGUCUUUAGUUUCAUUUAAAGUUUGCGAUGAAGUUUGCGAUGAUCCAUGGUAACCGUUCCCCCAAAAAAAUUUUUUUUUCCCCCCUAUCAUUGCCUUGCUAAAACUUGUAGAUUCACCAUUGUUUGUGUACACUUCAAUCUCUGGGUGCCUGCAAUGGGCUAGAGCUGCUCUAAGUGCUUCAUUGUUUGGUUUGCAUAUGAAGGUCUUUAACUGAGCUGCUCAACUUUUACGACACUUUUACAAUUUCAGCUGCUUUUGUCAAGCACCAAAUUUUUAUUCUGCUCUUUGUUAUUUAUUAACCAUCGCAUCACCAUGAGAAUGACACUAAUUUGCUGAUCAAGGUCCAUAUUUGCCAACAUGAAUUCUGGAUGAGCAAGGGUGGCCUUAGUUGCCAUCUUUAUGAUGGAUUCUUUGUGGCUUCCUUUUCUUGAUUAUGUUUGGCAUAAUUGUAGUUUUUCUUUUUGGUUAUUGUUGCGCCGUAAUGUGACAAUGCAGCAAAUUAUAGUCUCAACUUUUGAUGUUUUAAUUUGCAGUUCCUAGAAACUUCAGAUUGUUGGAGGAACUCGAACGUGGGGAAAAGGGUAUUGGAGAUGGUACUGUAAGCUAUGGGAUGGAUGAUGGAGAUGAUAUUUACAUGCGUUCUUGGACUGGCACCAUUAUAGGCCCUCACAACUCCGUUCAUGAAGGUCGCAUCUAUCAGUUGAAACUCUUCUGCGACAAGGAUUACCCUGAGAAGCCACCUAGUGUUCGCUUUCAUUCUCGGAUCAACAUGACAUGUGUUAAUCAUGAAACUGGAGUGGUGGAACCUAAAAAGUUUGGACUCUUAGCCAAUUGGCAACGAGAAUAUACAAUGGAAGACAUCCUAGUGCAGCUCAAGAAAGAGAUGGCUGCACCACACAACCGUAAGCUGGUCCAGCCACCAGAAGGAACCUAUUUUUAGCGUCAAAGUUCUGUGGGUCUUCCUGACCAUGUGCAAAUCCUAUAGCUUGUAAUGCUUUGGUGAGUCUACGGGGGACAUGUCUCAAGAAACUCUUCUUUUGACCCUCCAAUCCUAUUAAUUAGUUUCAACUGUCAUGUUUAUUUAUCACUACUGGAUGUUGUUUGUUUAAUGGGGUCGUUAAUGUGUGCGAAAUAGAAUACUUCAUUGAACGAGUCUUCUUUUGUUGCUCCAUAAGUGUCAAUUCACUGUGCCCGAUUCUGCUGUGGUCAUGCUUGUUUGGGAAAGUAAGCACAGCCCUAAUAUAUCCCGACUUAUUGCUGUAUGACUGCAACAUAUCUGAUCUUACUUGGGUUUACAAGUUGCGCAAAUCAUUGGCCUUUCUAGUUAGUUGUUGCAGAUUCUCAGAUGACUGUUCAUAAAUCUCAGGGUGACAUUUCCUUUUGCCUAUGAAAUUAAGUUUGUGUAUACGAUUUGAUUGGCAUGCCAUGGAGCUUGUAGCUUGUUAUGAGCAUUGAAUUGCGACAGGAGGAUGAAUGCCGACUAGAAAGACCUAGGUAAAAGGAGCAGGGAUUGCUUAAUCGACGAUGUUGGCCCUCUGUUCUUAUGAGGUAGCAAAUAAGUCAUGUGCACCGAUGUGUAAGACAAAACUAGCCAAAGUUCAGUAGGAAACUAUCAGAUUUCUGUUGUUAUUUUAUGUAGGAGUAUAUUAUAGAGAGAAACCAAGCCCCCACCAAAGUCCCUUGUUCUGGCUCUGAACUCUGGUAAGCCCCUAGAAAACGCAGCUUGGAAUCUAAAUGGGUUUUCAUUAAUGGGGAAGUGUAGGCGUGUUGCUUUUGCUUUGCUUAACCAUUUUCUAAAAGCCGCAUUCCUCGCGUCCUUCACGUAACUAAUUCUUUAUCGUUUUAGUGUGAGAAAGCUUUUAUCGGAUAAAUUAAACGUGAACAGUGUGCGCUUCACGUCGUUUUUAGAAUCUCAAGUUCUCAAGAAUCUCAAUAACUCUUCGUAAUCAUUUCUUGUCUCUGUCGGUUUCGAGGC